CGGAACCUGAAAUAUUCCCAGAAGAGAUCUCUUCAGUACCAAGCAAGAAAACCAAAAAAAAAAAAAAACAAAAAGAAAAGUGACCAAAAGCAGACCCCAAAAAGAACAGCUAAUUGGAACGGGGAAAAAAAUUCCCCUGUUUUCUUUUUCCCCUGUAUAAAACAGGGGAACAUUAUCCACCAAGUUAAUCCCAGAAAACACUUCUUCCAUUUCGCUGAAUUUGCCCCUUCGAAAAAAAAUAAAAUAAAAUGGCGAAUUCAGCUCCAGCAACCAGGCCAGCACAUUCAACCCUUCUGAGAACUCUGGCAAUUUUCUUGCUAGCCCUGAUUCUUCUUGUCGCCAUAGCCGUGAUCGUCAUCUGGUUAGCCGUGAAACCCAAAAAGCUCGUCUACACAAUCGAAUCCGGGUCGAUUCACAACUACAAUCUAACCAACAAUCACCUCAAUGCCACUUUCAAUUUCGAGCUCAGAGCUUACAACCCCAACAGCAGGGUCUCGAUUUAUUAUGACAGGAUUGAGUCCACGGUUUACUACGAUGACCAAACGUUGGCCGUCAACAGUCUGCAACCGUUUCAUCAGCCCAAAAGGAAUGUGACCCGUCUGAACCUGAAUUUUGUUUCUACUAACGUUGAAUUGUUUCCAGGGGUGGCUAAGAAUCUGCAGAUGGAGAAAAUGUCAAGGGAGGUUGAACUUGAGAUCAGAGUUAAGGCAAAGAUCAGGUUUAAGGUUGGAGCCGUCAAAAAUCAUCGUACUUUGAGGCUUUUGUGUGCUCCUGUUGUCGUACCUUUCUCUUCAUCCAAGAGUUUCGAACGGACUCCCUGUGACAUUGAUCUAUAAUGUUGCAAGAACUAUUUUAUAUGUGCUUCAUUUUUUAAUUUUUUUUUCUUUUUUGAGGUUUAUAUUUUGUUCUUUUGUUAGUUUUGGUGGUGUGAUUUGUGUAAUUGGAUAAUUUGUUUGAUACUACUGUGAUUCUUUGCCAUGUAAUUUUUCAGUUGAACUUCAAAGUGAAGAUGUACCCUUUUCCAUUUUUCUCAUAUUUGAUGUUGUACUUUGUGACUUUUUGUACGUUUUAUGCUCC